AGAGCCCGCGCUGCGUAGCGGCGCGGCUCCUGGAGCCGAGGAAAGCGAACGGGAGCCUGAGGAGCUAAGUAGGGGCGCGCCGCGCGGAGACGGGUUGCGCGUACAGGUAAUAUUUUCAAGAUGCCGGGACGUUCCAGUUCAAAUUCAGGUUCAACUGGUUUCAUAUCCUUCAGUGGUGUAGAGUCCGCUCUCUCCUCCUUAAAAAACUUCCAGUCCUGUAUCGACUCUGGAAUGGACACAGUUUCUAGUGUGGCUUUUGAUCUUGUGGAGACGCACACUGAAGUGAGUAGCGAAUAUAGUAUGGACAAGGCGAUGGUUGAAUUUGUCAUAAUGAAUCGGAAGCUAAACCAUUAUGUUAUGGCUGUUCAGUCUGCAAUAAAUCAUGUAAAAGAAGAACGGCCAGAAACAAUACCUGAUUUGAAAUUAUUAGUGGAGGAGAAAUUUUUGGCUUUGCAGAGUAAAAAUUCUGAUGCAGACUUUCAGAAUAAUGAAAAAUUUGUACAAUUUAAACAACAGCUGAAAGAACUACAGAAACAAUAUGGUGUGCAGGUGGAGCGAGGGGCUGAUGGCACUGAAGGAGUUGAUGAGGAUAUGAUUGUGACUCAGAGUCAGACCAACUUCAUCUGCCCCAUCACACAGUUGGAAAUGAAGAAGCCAGUGAAAAAUAAAGUGUGCGGCCACACCUAUGAAGAGGAAGCCAUUGUUCGCAUGAUUGAGUCCAAGCUCAAGCGGAAGAAAAAGGCCUGUUGCCCUAAGAUUGGCUGCAGCCACACAGAUAUGCAAAUGUCCGACCUCAUCCAGGAUGAAGCACUGAGGAGAGCCAUCGAGAGCCACAGCAAGAGGAGGCACCGCCAUUCCGAGUAGGGCUGGGCUCGCCCGGAAGCCAGCAGCCUGCCUCCUGCCCCAGCCUGCGCUGGAGAGCAGCGCUUACUUACCAGGCGGACCCAGAGGGCUGCCCCGCGUACUUUGGGAUAAAACCUAAUGAUUUUCAAUGUUACCAAAAGCAGU